GAUUUGUGCUUCCUGGACGACGUAUUUUGACAAAUGCUCAUGUUGUGGCUGAUCACACAUUUGUUCUUGUAAGAAAACAUGGUUCACCUACCAAGUACAAGGCAGAAGUCCAAGCUGUUGGUCAUGAAUGUGACUUAGCUCUUCUCACCAUUGAAAAUGAGGAAUUUUGGGAUGGGAUGAAUUUUUUGGAGCUUGGUGACAUACCUUUUUUACAAGAAGCAGUUGCUGUGGUUGGGUACCCACAAGGUGGAGACAACAUUUCUGUUACCAAAGGGGUUGUUUCUAGAGUUGAACCGACACAGUAUGUUCAUGGUGCUACCCAACUCAUGGCCAUACAAAUUGACGCAGCGAUCAACCCAGGGAAUAGUGGAGGGCCUGCUAUCAUGGGUGACAAAGUUGCUGGAGUAGCUUUCCAAAAUCUUGCAGGUGCGGAAAACAUUGGGUAUAUAAUCCCAGUCCCUGUAAUAAAACAUUUUAUUGCUGGAGUAGAAGAGAGUGGCAAAUAUGUUGGAUUUUGUUCGCUGGGAUUGUCAUGCCAGGCUACUGAAAAUGCUCAACUAAGGGAGCACUUCCGCAUGCACCCGGAAAUGACUGGUGUUCUUGUGAACAAAAUCAAUCCUCUGUCAGAUGCCCAUAGGGUAUUAAAGAAAGAUGACAUUAUUCUUGCAUUUGAUGGUGUGCCUAUAGCAAAUGAUGGAACAGUUCCUUUUCGAAACAGAGAGAGAAUAACUUUUGAUCAUCUAGUCUCUAUGAAGAAACCCAAUGAGACAGCACAUGUUAGAGUAUUGCGAGAUGGCAUAGAGAAUGAAUUCUGCAUUUCGCUUCAACCUUUACAACCUUUGGUUCCUGUUCAUCAGUUUGAUAAGCUGCCUGGCUAUUACAUUUUUGCGGGACUGGUCUUUGUUCCAUUGACCCAGCCAUACCUUCAUGAGUAUGGUGAAGACUGGUAUAACACAUCACCCCGUCGACUAUGUGAGCGAGCAUUGCGGGAACUACCUAAAAGGGCGGGUGAACAGCUGGUCAUCCUUUCUCAGGUCCUGAUGGAUGAUAUAAACGCAGGAUAUGAGCGGCUGUCUGAGUUACAGGUGAAGAAAGUGAAUGGUGUGGAGGUUGAGAAUCUAAAACAUUUGUGUGAGCUGGUGGAGGGUUGCAGUGAAGAAAGCUUAAGAUUUGAUUUGGACGAUGAAAGAGUAAUUGUGCUGAACUAUCAAAAUGCCCGGCUAGCUACCUCUCGAAUUCUGAAUCGUCAUAGAAUACCUUCAGCAAUGUCCAGUGACCUGAUUGAUGACCAGACAAAUGUCUCUGAAAUUAAAGUGGCAUGCUCCAGUUGAUGUGAUUCAAGAGCCAAGUAGAGAACCGAGGCACUAUUGUAUUGUAUUAGCCUUGCUUAACAUUAUUUUUUUUUUUUUAAAAUUAUUUUUAUACAUUUAAACUCUCUUAUUGUAGCAAUAUGAUUGUAGAAAACAUUGCUCACGUCUUAUUUAGUAUGAUGAUUUCUGAAGCAUUUUUGACCCUAACACUCAAUAAAGCAAGUGGCACUUGGUAACAUGCCAAUUCUGAGGA